CCGGCGGUCUGCAAUCGCUGUGUGGAGAGCCGCGCUUUUUUUGGCGUUGUUUCGUAAUGACGUUCUAUCAUUUUAUUAACUGUUUUGCUUUGGCAUAUGUGCCACACUUUUUCACGUAUAAAUAUUCAAAGCUCUCAGAGUAUGGAGCAUUUUGGAAAUGUGUUCAAGCAGGCUCAACAUAUGUGUUUGUCCAGCUGUGCAAGAUGGUCCUUCUGGCUACAUUCUUUCCUGCUGCAGAAAGCACAUCUGAGCAGGGAGUGGACUUCAUAGCAGAGCUUCUGAAGACCUCGGUCGACAUCGGCGAUCUACUCGGCAUUCACCUGGUGAUGUCCCGGGUGGCAGCCCGGGGCGAUGUCAAGGUGUUGGUGGCUGGUGUCGGCUGGGCGACGGCUGAGCUGCUGCUGACCCGUGUGCUGCCGCUCUGGGUCGGCGCGCGCGGCAUUGAGUUCAGCUGGCGCUACCUGCAGAUGAGUCUGGACGCCAACAUCAGCCUCGUACACCACCUGUCCGUGUCGGCGCUGGUCUGGCUGUGGUCUCGGCACGACCUGGCGCGCUCGUUCCUGCCGCUGGUGGCCGCCCUGCUGGUGGUGUCGGUGCUGCAGCCGCCUCUGCUGCACCUGGCCGCUGCUGCCGGACUGGCGCCCUCCCUCCGGCUGCUGGCGCGCGCCGCCAUGGAGACGGUCGUGGCCGCCGUCACACUGCAGCUGUUCUCCGGCUUGCUGCGCCAGGCAUAGAGCGCGACGGUGGCGCCUCUGGUGGCGGCCCGACGCGGCGGGAGCUCUGUGGGCGACGGUGGCGCCUCUGGCGGCGUUUUGCCGCGUGACGCGUGAUGCGCGACAGGUCGUCUGUGUGAUGCGGUCCUUUAAUGGCACUGCCCCUUGAUGUGACCUGUCAGUGUCGUGCCAUCGUCGCAGUUGGGGGGUUAAGGCGCGAUAUGACCAGAACAGUCGGCACACCUUAGGACCCUUACCACCACCAUCACCUGGUCGGGGUUGGGGUUGUCGCCGCUCCUUACGUCCGGGCGUCGGGUGGUUCGCGCUGAUGUCGUGGUUCGCGCCCAUCGUCGUGACCGCUGUUGCAUUGGAGUUAUGUUAUAGUCCGUGCAGAAUAAAUGUGUUGCGUA